AAAACCCCAAAAGGAAAAAAAAAAUGCUAUGCUGCAAAUUUCUGGGUUCAACGCCAUUGUCUUCUUCACCAAUCACCACCACCAUCAACAGCGCGAAACUAUUUUCAGACAAGAAAACCUCGUACCACUGUACAGCAACAAAUUGUUCGAUUAAACCCGACGUUUCAAUGGAUUCCGCCGCGAAAACUCACGCGCCGCCGACGUUCGAAUUUCUAUCGAAGAAGACUUACAUCCCGCCUUCAUGGGCAGCCCACCUCAAUCCGGUGCCUUCUCAAAUCUAUUCAUUGGGCCACUUUCCGACCCCAAUUCACAAAUGGAACCUUCCUAAUUUGCCCAAGAACACCGAGGUUUAUCUCAAGCGAGAUGAUCUUUCGGGGAUGCAAUUAAGCGGUAACAAGGUAAGAAAACUCGAGUUCUUAAUGGCAGAAGCGGUGGCAGAGGGAGCCGACUGUAUUAUAACUAUCGGAGGAAUUCAGAGCAACCAUUGCCGAGCCACUGCUGUAGCUGCCAAAUAUUUAAAUCUCGACUGUUAUCUUAUACUACGCACUUCAAAGGUUUUAGUGGAUAAAGAUCCUGGUUUGACCGGAAAUCUCUUAGUCGAACGUUUGGUCGGAGCACAUAUUGACCUUGUUUCGAAAGAAGAGUACGCUAGUGUUGGGGCUGUGGCUCUUACGAAUAUUCUGAAAGAAAAACUGUUGAGUGAAGGGAGAAAGCCGUACGUAAUUCCUGUGGGCGGAUCAAAUUCGUUGGGGACUUGGGGCUAUAUUGAAGCAGUUAGGGAGAUACAAGAACAGCUGCAGAAAAACGGGGGCGAGCUAGCGUUUGAUGACAUCGUGGUAGCUUGUGGAAGCGGAGGCACGAUUGCUGGUUUGUCGGUUGCAUCUUCUCUGAGUAAUUUGGGAGCUAAAGUCCAUGCUUACUGUGUGUGCGACGAUCCAGAGUAUUUCUAUGACUACGCUCAAGGCCUACUCGAUGGACUUCAAGCCCGUGUUAACUCGCGUGAUAUUGUUGAAAUAAAAAAUGCCAAAGGUCUCGGUUAUGCUAUGAAUACGGAAGAAGAGCUAAAAUUUGUCCGAGAAAUUGCAGAAUCGACUGGCAUUGUUCUUGAUCCAGUCUACAGUGGAAAAGCGGUUUACGGAAUGAUGAAAGACAUGGCUGCAAAUCCCGAAAAGUGGGAAGGGAGAAAAGUGCUUUUCGUUCAUACGGGUGGACUUUUGGGCUUAUUUGAAAAAACGGAGCAGAUUAUUCCGCUGCUUGGGAAAUGGCGUAGAAUGGAUAUACACGAAUCUGUUACUCGAAAGGAAGGCACCGGAAAAAUGUUUUAAGCAUUUCGGAAAAUUAGAAUUUCUGAAGCAGGAAAAUAAAGAACUGCAAAAAUUAAUAAGAAACCGUUUUGCUGCUGUCUGAUUCUUUGCGUAUGCUGAUGUGGCGAUAGUAUCGUAACUGGUUUUUAUCGUUUUCUCCGGUUCGUUUCAUGAUGUAUCUUUUGUGGACAUUUAAAUGUUAUCGAUACUGUUAUUAUUAUGAAACGGUAUCGGUAAAAUUCAAUUGACAUUUAACACCUCACGACUUUUCUCGUUAGUGUAAAAAUAAACGGGAGAAGUUACUGAAAAAUGAUUGAGAAAUUUUCGAUUUGAUUCACCCC